AGUGGCCGCAGUCAACGGAUUUUGUGGCAAGAGGGAUUUCUAAAUCGGACAAGAUGCCAGCCAAGCCAGCCCCUAUCAAGAAGGCGGCCAAGCCGAAGGAGGAGAAGAAGAAGGAAGAGCCAGCACCAGCACCGGCGCCCGAACCCGAGCCUGCACCCGCACCACCUGCUGAGGCUGCUCCCGCUGAAGCAGCUCCUCCAGCCGAAGGAGAGGCUCCCCCAGCUGAAGCUGCAGCUCCUGCUGAGGGAGAGGCUGCUCCAGCCCCAGCUGAAGGAGAAGCUCCCGCCGAGGGUGAGGCCCCCCCAGCUGAAGAAGCCCCACCUGUUGAGGAGGUCAAGGCCCCCACUCCACCUCCUCCCCCAGAGCCCACCAGCGAGCCCCUUGAGUUGGGCGUGGAGGAUGUCACCGACACCACCGUCAUCAUCAGCUGGAGACCUCCCGCCACCGUUGGAAAGGAUGGCCUGGACGGUUACACCGUCGAGAUCGCCAAGGAGGGAUCUGACGACUGGAAGGCCGCAAAUGAAGAGCUCACCAUCUCCUGCCGCUACACCAUCAAGAACCAGACCACCGGCGACCGCCUGAACAUCCGCGUCGUGGCCAUGAACCCCGGCGGCCGCAGCCCCGCAGCUGCCCUCGUCGAUUCCGUCCUGGUCAAGGAGGUUGGUGAGCGUCCCAAGAUCCGCCUGCCCCGUUUCCUGAGGCAGAGGUACGUCAAGUACGUGGGCGACAAGAUCAACAUCGUCAUCCCCUUCAACGGCAAGCCUUGCCCUGCUGUGAACUGGACCAAGGAUGGAGAGCCUCUGGACAGCAAGAGAGUGAAUGUGCGUAACACUGACCGCGACAGCAUCUUCUUCAUCCGCCAGUCCGAGAGGGAAGACUCUGGCAACUACGAGAUGAGCGUCAAGGUGGAGAGCUUUGAGGACAAGGCCACCUUCGUCCUCCAAAUCUGUGAGUUGCCUGGCCCACCUGCCACUGUGAAGAUCGCCGACACAUGGGGCUUCAACGUGGCUCUGGAAUGGACCGAGCCCAAGGAUAACGGCAACACCACCAUCACCGGCUACACCAUUCAGAAGGCUGACCAAAAGACAGGGGAUUGGUACACAGUGGUUGAGCAUUACCACAGGAUGAACGCCACCAUCUCCGACCUCAUCAUGGGCAACAGCUACAAGUUCCGUGUGUACGCUGAGAACAAGUGCGGCCGGAGCGAGGGUUCCACCGUCACCAAGGAGGCCGCCAAGAUCCUGAAGACAGGUAUUGAUUACAACCCUCCCUUGUACAAGGAGCACGACUUCAGCGAGGCCCCCAAGUUCACCACCGACCUCCCCAACCGCAGCACCACCAUUGGCUACACUGCCAAGCUCCUGUGCUCCGUCAGAGGCUGCCCCAAGCCCCAGAUCAUCUGGAUGAAGAACCAGAUGAUCAUCGGCGACGACCCCAAGUACCGUCAGAUCAACAACCAGGGAAUCUGCUCUCUGGAGAUCCGCAGGCCUGGCAGCUUCGACGGCGGAGUGUACGCCUGCCGCGCCAAGAACCCACACGGAGAGGUCACCAUCACCUGCAAGCUGGAGGUCAAACACCCUGUGAUCGUGGAGAAAGAGUAAUACGCGUCCACCCUCAGGCAUGCAGAAUUAGGAGCAGCGGGAUCACAGACUUCAAGAAAGGAUUAUGAAAGUGUCUUACGAUGAAACAACAUGUACAUAUGCAUAGAUGGCUCAAGCAGAAGAAGGUUGUGUGUGUGCGUGUGUGAACGUCUGGUGAUCUGCAAACCUCUGAAAAGUCCCGCAGCCCCUUUUUUUUUUUCACGGACGAAGAAAACCACCGAACGGAAGCAGCGCGUGUCCCUCCCUCUCCACAAUCCCUUGACUCAUAGCUAGCCUGUAGCGCACACACAGACUGUGAACACCAAGGAUCAGCUCUCUGUCCACCGGUUCCUAUUUAUUACCCCCCGACGGCUGCCCUUGAGCUCAUGCCGAUGGCCAUUUCCGCUCUCUGCUCCUGGGAGGAUUUGAUUUUAUUUUAUGUUUUGAAGGCUUGCAGGGGACAAAGUCAACUUGUGAAUGUUUGUUAAUAUAAAUAUUAAACCGUUGAACCCUAGUGUAUCUUUACUUUUUUUGGUUUGUUUUGUUUUUUGUUUGUUAGCUUUGUUAUGUUUGGCUUGAACAGAAGGAACUUAAGAGUGAUUCAUCAACUUAAUUAAAGUCAGUGCUGGCUGAAAGGCCGGGAAAGAUGGCCUUA